AUGGUCUCACGAGAGGAUGCACAGAGCGCAUCUUGCAGUACAGGUAACGACAAGCAAGCAGCGAAGUGCGCAUGGAAGAACCAACGCCUCAUCAUGAUCAUCUCCAACCUACAUGAGCCCUGGGAUCGCCUCAAGGAGCUGGUGAGCACGGCCAAGGCGCAGAAGGAGCAGCUGACGCGGAUCUGCGGGCUUCUUCGGCAGCACGCAAAGCUGCUCCAGGCCACUUCCGACUGCAAUGCGAAGUACCAGGAGCCAUGCAGUAGCCGUGCAUAUUCUGCGAGUGAGCAAGAGGAGAUUUGCCUGCCAGGGCUCGAAGCUCGAAGCAAAGAUCCCAAAGGAGGAGCUGCACAGGCAAAAGACGUGGUGAACACGCAGAAUGCCGACGGAGUGCCGACGCGUGGCGCUGAUUCCGCUGAUUUGUGGUCUGCCGGGCGCAGGCUUGUGGUGGCCUCCCUGGAGUACAUCGCUGAAAAGCAGACUGAGGCCGCAGGGAAUGCGGACAAAGAUAAGGACAAGGACCAGGGCGGAAAAGAUGAAGAGCAAGAGGCUUCCGAGGAUGAGGAGGAGGAAGUCGACGGCAAGAAGGGAAAGAAGAAGGCGAAACUCAAGAAGAGCAAGGCCAAAGACAAGAAGGGCCGAGAGGAGAAGCGGCGCAAGAAGUCUAGCAAGGUGGAGUCGGAUGGCGGAGAUGCCUCCUGGCUCAUUUACGCUCACGCCAGGUCUCAGGUUCAGGCAACGGAGAACUCAGGACUACUCGGAUUACAGCUACUCCAGAACUCCAACACCGCGGCCGAGGCGCAGGCGCAAGCGGCCCGUCAAGCGGAGGCGGCGCCGCCGCCGGCCGAGCCCGAGCUCGCCCAGUACAGCUACUCGCCUUCACCACGGCCUCGACGGAAGCGGCGGCGCCGGGAGCGGGAGGACAAACUGGACGUCGACGCAGAAAUUGAUCGCUUUGUAAAGGCAGCGCGGAGGGCCAAGUGGGCAUUCAGCACAUUUCAGCACGUGCCUGUGAACAAGCUGGAAGAGCGAUGCGAAAAGAUUCUCCGAGAUCUGGACUCUUCACUGGCCUGCAAGGCGCCACUUAGUUAG